AUGAACAAAAGGGCAGCUGAUGGAAGUGUUGUGAAAAAAGAAAAUUUGACAUGGACAGAUCAUAUGGAUAAUGUUCUCGUUGAAGCUCUUGUAAAGGAAGAUCAAAUAUGUAAUCGGGUGAAUGGUACUUUCACUUCGCAAGCAUAUGCGAACAUGAUUGCACGGAUGAGUAAAGAGUUUAACAAGUCUGUUACAAAAGAUCAACUUAAAAACAAAAUGAAAUUUUUAAAAGGUAAUUUUAGUAAAUGGUAUGAUAUGUAUUGGGGUACUUCAUUGAGUGGGUUCUCAUGGAAUUCUCAGACAAAAUACAUUGAAGCAGAGGAGGAAGUAUGGGAACAAUUAAUUAAUGAGGUAAUUUUGGAGAACGAAUACAAAGAUGAUGAUGAGGACAUUCAUAUAGUGUUCGCAACAGAUGUUUUACCUAAUGGGAGUUCACAAGCCAAGAAGCUGAAGAGUAAAAAAAAAAAAAAACUUGAAAGAAAACUUCAAGAUGAAGAUGAAGUAGUAGCUGAACCUCAACCUCAACCUCAACCAUAA